UGUCAGAGCUCCUGACAACUCGCAGAGAGAUGAGAAUCAGAUGACUUUCCUGGCAGACGUACCCAACGUUUUCCUGGGACUGCGCCCAGUGCCAGCCGCGUGACCUCCGCCCUCCCCUCUUCUACAGACGUUCCCUCCGAGCCGGGAGAGACGGCCGGACUUUACUAUAUGAAGGAGUCCAAACUGAACUGAGAGUGAUCUGACAAUUUUCAAGGAAUAGUCAUCUGUGACCUUCAUCCGCCAUCAUGUAUACCUUCUUGCCCGAAAACUUUAUGCCAGUCAAACAGAAGGUUUCUAAGGAGCAGAAGCCUCUCAUCGGUGCUGUCCUUCUGGGUAUCGUCCUGGUCAUCUGUGCAAUAGUGUCUUGGUGCUAUUACUCUAUCUCUCUCCAGAAAGCUGAUCGCCUGAAGACAGAGCUGCUGUAUCUAAAAAAGGAUGGGUUCAUCAUACAAAACCACCAGGGGAGGGUGGUGUUCAGAAUGGCUUUUCAGUCUGGAGUUCUGGAUUUAGAUUCUUGCACAAAAGAGGGGGCGAUAUUGUCCUGUUCCAGGUCAGAAAAGGGACCCCUAAAAUUCUUUGUCCAGACGGUCCACAAGGAUAAAGACACUGUCAUGUGUUACCGGGUGCGCUGGGAGGAGUUUGUUGCCGAUACGGCAGUCCAGCACACCAUGUAUUGGGAUGAUGCCUACUGGUACGGAGGCGCUGAGAUGCGUACACAAAACUGGCCAAUUAAAUUAUCCGGAUACCAAGAACCCAAACCGUUUAUUACUGGUGAUGUUUAUACCUUUAAAGAUAGCUUUGGCGGAAUCUUGGAAAGUUACUGGCUGUCGUCCAAUGCGACAGCCAUUAAAAUUAACGCCUCCGUCCCUUUCCACCUUGGAUGGAAUAGCACAGAGAAGGUUUUCUUUUUUGAAGCAAGGUAUACCAAUUCGCCUUACAAACCCCUUCCAGAUAAACCGCCAUUCCCUGAACUCAGCUACCGAGUGUGCGUGGGGUCAGACGUGACCUCCAUCCACAAGUACAUGGUCAGGAGGUACUUCAAUAAGCCCAGUCGGAUACCUUCAGAAAGUGCCUUCAAGUAUCCGAUAUGGUCAACAUGGGCACUGUAUAAAACCAACAUCGAUCAGGAGAAGUUGCUUAACUUCACUGAGAACAUAAAGAAAUACCACUUUAAUUAUAGCCACAUAGAGAUAGACGAUAUGUACUCCAAGUAUUACGGAGAUUUUGAUUUUGAUCCGGUGAAGUUUCCAAAUCCAACGGCUAUGUUUAAGAAGUUAAAGGAAGAUGGGUUCAAAGUGACCCUUUGGAUUCAUCCUUUCAUCAACUAUAACUCCUCCAACUUUGGAGUUGCCAUAGAGAGGGGGCUGUUUGUGAAGGAGCCUACGGGUCAGUUGCCCGCCAUGGUUAAGUGGUGGAAUGGGAUUGGAGCUAUUCUUGAUUUCACAAACCCCAGCACAAAGGAAUGGUUUCAGAACAACCUCAGACAGCUGAGAACAAAAUACGGAAUUUCAUCAUUUAAGUUUGAUGCUGGGGAAACCAGCUAUCUGCCAAAACAGUUCAGCACCUUUCAACCUUUGGCGGAUCCCAACAUAUUCAGCAGACGGUACACUGAGAUGGCUGACCAGUUUUAUGACCUCGCUGAGCUCCGGGUUGGUUACCAGUCUCAAAACAUAUCGUGUUUCUUCAGGAUCAUCGACCGUGAUUCUGUUUGGGGUUACGAGCUUGGGUUAAAGUCUCUCAUACCUACUGUCCUUACCAUAAGCAUGCUUGGAUAUCCUUUCAUCCUUCCGGAUAUGAUUGGCGGAAAUCUCUAUGGCAAUUUCACAAAAGAUACGAAAGAGCUUUAUAUCCGGUGGUUGGAGUUGUCUGCGUUCAUGCCCUCAAUGCAAUUCUCCGUGCCUCCAUGGCUCUUUGAUAAGGAAGUGAUUGAAAUUGCCCAGAAGUUCACCAGAAUCCAUGAAUCUCUGGUGGCCCCCCUUUUGCUAGAGCUUGCUGGGGAAGUGACCGACACUGGCGACCCCAUCAUACGACCCAUCUGGUGGAUUGCUCCAAAUGACGAAAGAGCCCACAAAAUCGAUUCCCAGUUUCUGAUUGGAGACACCUUAAUGGUGGCUCCUGUUCUGGAGCCGGGAAAGCAGGAGCGCGACGUCUACCUUCCCAUCGGCAAGUGGCGUAGUUACAAGGGAGAGCUCUAUCAAAGGACACCCAUACUUCUGACAGAUUAUCCUGUAGACUUGGAUGAAGUGGCCUAUUUCACUUGGGUGUCUUAAAUUUACUCGGAGGUAAUAGUAGAAGAAAAUUCAGCAUCUCACUUAGCCAUAGCACCAGCAUAUCAUUGUACAAGCAAAUGGGUACUAAUGUGAUAUUGAAAGGUAUUCCGUCAACUAACGCCAUUGGGCCAUGGUGUCACUAUAGCUCUGUGUCUUCUCAAUUUGCGUUUAUUGCCAGGGAAGGAAGACUCUAAUCCUAGUAAUAUUGCAAGACUUUCCAUCAACUAACGCUACUGGGCCAUGGUGUCACCAUAUCUGUGUCUUCUCAAAUUGCGUUUAUGGCCAAGAAAGGAAGACUCUAAUCCUAGUAUUAUUGUACGACUUUCCAUCAACUAACGCUACUGGGCCAUGGUGUCACCAUAUCUUUGUCUUCACAAAUUGUGUUUAUGGCCAAGGAAGGAAGACUCUAAUCAUAGGUUACAAUCUCCUUCACACAUCGGAAUCUAAACUACAUGGAAUACAAGCAUUGUGCUAAUUUUUUAACCAGUCUGGUCUGCUGGGCACAUUGAUAAAGGGUUAAAGUCCA